AUGACCGUUGCUCUACAUUCGGGCGACCUCCUGGCUGACAUGAUCGCCGUCGACAACGCCCCGGUCGCCCACAUCUUGGAAGACAACUUUGCAGGAUACAUCGAAGGUAUGCACAAGGUUGAGAGCGCCAAUGUCACCCGGAGAUCACAAGCGGACAAGAUUUUGGAAGAGCAUGAGAAAUCGCCUGUGGUCAGACAGUUCCUGCUGGGUAAUUUGGACCGGCUAGAAAGUGACGGAACCUUGAGGUUUCGUAUCCCUCUCCAUAUCCUUGGCCAGUCGUGGCAGAACUUGGGGCACUUUCCUUACGACAACCCCUGCGAGACCGAGUUUGACAAGCCUGCUCUGUUUAUACGCGGCACUCAGAGCAACUACAUCACGGAUGACGAUCUUGUGCCCAUUUCUCAGUUCUUCCCCAAUUUUAGUCUAACUGAUAUUGACGCCGGCCACUGGGUGAUAUCCGAACAACCAGAAGCCUUUACUAAAGGUCAGUUUGCCUUCACUCAUCGAAAUGGUUAUCUGACACGUGCCGUGGUCGCGGGCAAACGUGAUGCACCUCUGGACCAACAGCUUGCCGAGACCCUGGCCCUUGGCAUGGGGUUCAACCAAGAGGGCACACAGCCUGGCCGCAUUCUCCACCACCUGAUCCCUGCAGAGCAGAACGCAUCCGACCGAGCGAGGGAUCCGAUGCUCGGGGCGUAG